GUCAGUAAUAUAUAUACUGAAAACAAAAUCUGUCUUAAUACACUAUUAAGUUGUACAAUAUUUUUGUAUUUAAUAAAUUUCAGUUAAAAAUAAAAUAAUUUUAUUAUCUAAAAAUGAAAAAAAAUUUAUUUUCGUGUCUUCUAAUAGCUAUCAAUAUGUAUAUUGUAUUGGCUCGCGAUCGAGUUAUAUGGCCCAAAUUUAAGAAUGAUAAUUCAAAUUUAUUUAAAUUGGAAAAUUCUGAGCAAGAGGACAAUCUUGAUAAAUUAAUUUUCAAAAUAUUUCAUGAAUCAAAUGAUCGCGAUCAAGUUAUCUGGCCCAAAUUUAAUAAUCAUAAUUCUAAACAAGAGGACAAUCUUGAAAAAUCAAAAGAUCCACAGGAUUUACUUAAUGCUGAAACAAAUUUUACUGAUGGAUUGCAAAUAUUCGCUGACAACUUGUACAAGACAGCGUCAAAAAAUAAAGUAGACAACGUUUUAUUAUCUCCUUUGAGUAUAAAUGUAGCAUUAGGUAUGAUUGCCUCUGGAGCUGAAGGGAAUACUAAAACUGAAAUACUCAAAACUCUUCAUUUUAGAGAAAAUGAGCAACUAGUGAAAAUCAGUUAUAAAAAUCUUAUCGAUAAUUUAAUGAAUGUCACAGGCUUAACACUUCAAAUUUUAAACAAAGUGUUCAUCAAUGAUAAAUUACAAGUAAAGUCAGAAUUUAAAGAUGUCUUAUUAAACAAUUUUCACGCAGAGGAGGAACAAUUAAAUUUUAUUGAUUCCGAAACAGCGGCAAAAUCUAUUAAUACAUGGGUUUCAAGAGGAACAAAUGAUAAAAUCAAAAAUAUUGUUAAACCUGAUGAUUUGAGUGAAGAUACAGCCAUGAUUAUCACCAAUGUUGUUUAUUUUAAAGGCGAAUGGAAAAAUAAAUUUUCUAAAGUUGAUAGACAAAUUUUUUAUACUAAUAGCAAUAAAGAAACUUUAGUUCCAAUAAUGUAUCAAUACGCUGAUUUAGAAUUUGGAUAUGCUUCUGAUAUAAAUGCUACAUUCAUAGAAUUACCAUACAAGAAUGAGAAUCUUAAAAUGCUUAUUGUACUUCCUAAUUUAAUUGACGGUCUUGAACAAGUUGAAAAAAGUUUAGAGACAAUGAACCUUAAAACUCUGAGACAAAAACGCUAUUUAUCUAAAGUUGAUUUAUAUUUGCCCAAAUUUCGUGUUGAAAAUACAAUUGAUUUGAAUGAAGUUUUACAAGAGAUGGGUAUGAAAGAAAUGUUCUCGCCUUUCGCAAACUUUAGCGGAAUUUCAGAAGGAAAUCUUCAAGUGAGUAAAAUUAAGCAAAAAACUUUCAUUGAAGUCAAUGAAAAUGGAGCUGAAGCUGCUGCAGUUUCUGAAAUUGAAAUCGGUUGGAAAAUAGGUGGUGAAGAUAAUCCUAAAUUGUUUGUUGUUGAUCAUCCGUUUCAUUAUAAAAUUAUAAGAACAAUCGGUGAAAAUGAUGGUAUUGUAUUGUUUGCUGGAAACUGUAAAUAUAUAGAAUAAUUUACAAUUUCUUUUAUUUAAAAAAACACGUCUCUCUUUAUAUUUGUUUAAAUAUAAUAAAUUUUUUUUAGAAAUUAUGUUUUUAAAAAAAAUAAUUAAUCAUUUGUGUUUUUAAAAAAUGUAUAUUAAGAAUAUGUAUAAUAUAUUGAAUAGAAUAAAUCAAUUAUACGAUA